AAUGGACAAACAAUCAGGCUUGAUACUACCUCCUGUUAAACGCCAAUUUCGCCAUUUCAGUGUUGGCAAAACUUCAACAAGAAGCGAAAACAGCAUCAGUGAUCAUGUUCAAGCUUUUCACAUCGGAUGCUUUUCAGAUGAAGCAUAGGUACAGGUAUGCCAGGCCAGCCUCGGGUGUGACAGUGCUUGCACACUUGUUUGGUAUCAUUGCCAUCAUUCUGCUGCUCGUGUGGCUCCUGCAUUACCGCGAGGGCAUUGAUCUUGACUCGGACAAUGCCUAUCGUGUUUUCAAUGUUCAUCCCUUCCUCAUGUUCUUCGGGUUCAUAUUCAUGGCAGGCCAAGCCAUGAUGGCAUACAAGACAGUAGGCGCCGAGAGACAAGUGAAGAAACUCGUCCACAUGUUCUUUCACUUGGUCGCCAUGGUGCUAGGGAUAGUUGGACUGCACGCCGCCUUCAAAUUCCACGAUCAAGCUGGGGUCACCAACCUCUACAGCCUGCAUUCUUGGAUCGGCAUCGGCACCUUCUCCCUCUUCUGCUUGCAGUGGCUUUUCGGGCUCGUCGUGUUUCUGUUCCCAGGUGCGCCCUCGGAGACGAAGGCUAGGGUUCAUCCAUGGCACAUCAGCGCCGGCAGAGCCCUCCUGUUUAUGGCCAUCUGUGCCGCCCUCACCGGGCUGAUGGAGAAGGUCACUUACUUGAGGCUGCAGCAUCACCACGAGGCCCGCGUCAUCAACUUCCUCGGCUUGGCGAUUCUUCUCUUUGGUAUUUUCGUCGAUCUCUCGAUUUCCCUCGCACGCUAUGUUUGAACAUUUGCUUCUUAAAUUCAGUUCUUUCUUGCUUGGUGUGGUGUUUUGGUCCCUUUUUUUUAAAGUUCUGUAAGAGAAAUGAUUCUUGACAUUAUUUGUGUAAGAAAAGGGUGUUUGUGUUUGUGUA